GAGCGCUGGGGGCAAACUCCCAGGGGCACGAGGAAGAUCUCAGGGAAGGUGCUACCUCUUGCGCUCGCAGUUUGGCCCUGUGGGAUGUCGCUUUAAAAUUGGCUGUAUUCACAGAACUGUGGGGUACCUGUGAAAGACACACCAGCAGCCCGUCUUGUGGACCAAGUUAAUUUUUUAAAGAAUAUGUGUAUAUAAACUCCAGAAUCUCCCAGAAUGAAAACUCCAACCCUUAAAACUCUGCUGGUUUACCCAGUUCUUCUUGUGUUCCUUGGCUUUACAAGAUGUGAGGAAUUACCAAGUUUUGAUCUACUUGAAGAAUUCCGGAUAUCUCAGUCAGAAGGUGUGAGGACAGUGGAUGGAUCUGAGGCAGAUGCAUUAGCUUUCCGGAUUAACCCCACAAUUCACUUAAAAAAAUCAACGGGUGAUGUAUAUCCUGAUGGGUUGCCUUCAGACUACUCUAUUAUAGCCACGUUUAAGAUGCUGGAGGACACUGAAAGCUCAUGGAAUUUGUGGCAAGUCAGCGAUUCUGAUGGCAAUGAGCAAGUUGGCAUCCGUUUUUCAGGAGACACCAAGUCCUUGGACUUCUUUUAUGCCACUCCCCAGAAUACCCAAAUGCUAAGAACAUUUCACAAUGUGGAGAAACUUUUUGAUGGGUCAUGGCACAAACUAGCCCUUAGCGUGAAAGGUGAUCAGGUGAAAUUAUUAAUUGACUGCCAGGAAGUUAGCACCAUUCCAAUUAAUGACCAACGACCAGUGAUUAGAAGUGGAUACACAUCUAUAAUAAAAAGGGCUGUUGAUGACUCAUCUGUUUCUCUGGAUCUACAGCAAAUGGAUCUUAAUUGUGAUCCAGACCAGGCCUAUUCUGAAAGAUGCUGUGAGCUUUCCAAUGUUUGUGGUGGAAGUGCAGAAAUUGGCCUAACUGGAAAUCCAUCCGGGUGUAGAUGUCUGCAUGGACAACCUGGAGUUCAGGGCACCCCAGGGCCUAAAGGGCAGAGAGGUCAUAAAGGCCAUCAAGGUGAAUCCGGAAGACUAGGACAUUGGGGUGUCCGUGGCAGUCCUGGUGACUAUGGAGUCAUUGGUGAAACUGGGGCUAAAGGAAUUGCCGGAAUAAAAGGAGAAAAGGGAAUGAGAGGACUCCACGGUCAGCGGGGUGACCAGGGUCCAAAAGGACUUCAUGGAUUAACAGGAGCUCUAGGUUUUAAAGGAGUGUCUGGGGAACCUGGAGAGAGGGGAGAGAGAGGUGAACAGGGAGAAACGGGAGAUAGAGGUGAACCAGGUUAUGAAGGAAUUCCAGGAUUUCAAGGCUCAAAGGGCGAUGAUGGGUUCUCUGGAUCUGAAGGGCCACCUGGCCCUCAAGGGCGGCAGGGAAUUGUUGGUGAUCCAGGUGAACGUGGAACCCCAGGAAUGAAAGGAAGACCUGGUUUUCCAGGACCUCAGGGACAGAAAGGGUUUGUAGGAAUAAAGGGGAUUGUUGGUGACCCAGGUAUGCCAGGAAGAGAUGGGGAUCUUGGUAUAGAGGCAUACCAAGGUCCUCAGGGCGGAGAAGGAAGUCUUGGCAGCAGUGGAGAAUUGGGAGAGAAAGGGGCUGAAGGGCCUGUGGGGGAUGAAGGUCCACGAGGAAUGCCUGGUCAACAAGGUCCAAAGGGAUCAGCUGGAAAACCAGGAAGACCAGGAUUUAUUGGCCCACCUGGAAGAACUGGUCAUCUAGGCUUACCAGGAAGACCAGGACCUAAGGGGCAAAAAGGAGUCAAAGGCCCAAAAGGAGAAGUUGGAGACAAAGGCCUGCUGGGGCCACUGGGAGUCCAAGGUAAAAGAGGUCCAGGUGGGGAGCCUGGAUCUUCAGGGGCCGUUGGAGCAAAGGGUGUCCGUGGAGACGAAGGCCCUGUCGGAUUCCAAGGGCCUCCUGGACCCCCUGGACCAACAUUCCCUGCAGAACAUGUAAUUGAGGUCUGCCAGAGAGUGGUGCUUGAACAGAUGUCAGUAUAUGCAAACGUUGUGAGAAGGAAAUGUGCCAGUGCAUGUCCACUUUAUGGUGACGUACCAAUGGGACCCCCAGGACCCCAGGGUUUGAAUGGAGAACCUGGACCACCUGGUGAACCAGGUUUAAAUGGGGUGGAUGGUGAAGAAGGACAAGAGGGUUUCUAUGGCGAGCCAGGUGAUCAAGGCAAACCAGGAGAAAUAGGUGAUCCAGGAGAUACAGGUGAUAAGGGAGCUAAAGGUUAUGGUCUACCGGGCUUUAUUGGAAAUCAAGGACCGAUGGGCAAACGGGGAAGAACUGGAACAGCAUUUGAUGGUCAACCAGGACAGCAAGGUCCUCGGGGACACAUGGGCCAGCCUGGCUUGAGAGGAUACAAUGGACAUCGUGGUUCUCCAGGAAUUUGUGUGACCUCAGGUUGUGAUAUGAACAACGUGACUGACAGUGCUGUAGAGCAGUCUGCUCAGAGGGCCGAAAGACCAUCCUCCCAACUCACUUAGCGACAAAAUAAAAUUGAACACAUAUUGAAAUUAUUUUAUAUAAACAGCGUUGUUUUGGUAACCAAGCUGAACACUGUAAAAUGUUGAAUCGUCAUGAAGUAUCAACUGUUAUAUAAUGAACCAGCAACAUCGUAUCUAUCAAUGUAAAUAAGCAGACAGAUUUUAACAAAUGAAUUAUAUCAUGUUGGUACUAUUUUGUGCUCAGUUUUUAAUUCAUGGUUUUUUUUUUUCUGUUAAGUCAAUUACCAAAAGCAACAGCUCCCCAGCCCAAUAUCCCCCCCCCCAUAUCAAUAGUUUUUUUUUUUUAAAUGCUAUGCACUCCUUUAGUACAGCCAUAGAAUAUUGUUAAACAUGUAACUGCAGUUAGGCCACAGACAGUUUUCAUAUUUUGUUUGCUGUUAAGUCUGUGCCAUUGAUUGAAGUUAUCAAGCUAAAAAAUAAACUAUCAAAUGCAGAAAUGUAAAAUAUAAAGUUUAAAGUUUUUGACUUCUAUGCAACUUGACUCCUUGUUGUGUUUAAAUCUAAGGCAUCAUUUAGAAAAUGUCUUACACAUACAAAUGUUCUU